CUCAACCAACAACGUAAAUGACCAAUACGUACUAAUUUCACCCAUAUCAUACCUGUUACUAAAGUUGCCAAAAGGGUAAAUGAGUCUUCACACUGUCCUCGUGGUCCCUGUUUUUCAACCUUUUCCCAGAGAAUCUCGAGCUUUAAUACCAGCGAAGCAGCUACGCCAUUUACUCCUUUGUACUAUUUCUGGCACCUUCUUUGCUUCCCAACCACCCAGUCACCCUUCAAAUACUUCCAACACUCCAGAAAAGACACCACAAAGCAUCGAAGAGAAACCCUAGAAAAUUUGGGGGAAACUCAAAUCCCCCAAAUCCGCGCCUUCUUCUUCAAAUGGCUGCUCGAAUCCUUCAAUGGUGGACGAUUUGAAGGCUGCGAAUGUUCCAGGAGAUGUCGAGAAGAAAGAAUCGGCGAUGGUGGUACAGGGCUCGAUCUUCGUCAGACAGAGGAGGCUGAAGAAAUCGCCCUCCCCUCGAGGAAUCGAUCGCGCGCUUUCCGGACAGAGGGCCUUCACCAGCGCCGAAUCGAAAGCCCCAUGCUCGAGUAGAGGAGAAUCACCAGCGCCGAAUCGAAGGGCCUUCACCUUCUUCGUCGGGAGACUGUUUAGGGUUCUUCCUCACCUUCGCUCAAUUCUCUCUCUUCGAUAGUAGGAUAAGGUAAAUGUGGUGGGUGAAAUGGCCGACCAAAAUUUACCUUCUGAUUUCAUUUUCGUUUUUUAAAAUAUGAAAUAAAUAAAAAGCCACGUCGCAAUUAGAAAGAGCCACGUCCGCUUACACAUCAGCGCUGAUCUGUCAUUCCGUUAAAAUUUAACGGUCAACAAAAGUCAACGAUAACAGAACCAUAGUUCAGGACACAGAUGGAAUAUUGAAAACAAUAGGACACAAGUGGCAUUUUUGGAAUAGUUCGGGUGUUGUAGUGGUAUUAGCCCUUACUAAUUUGACUCGUUCCGUAUUCAAUAAUUCGUUCGUGAACAUCCAUAUCCAUUCUUAUGAAAAAUAGGGAUUUAAUUGAGAGAUUGAAAUAAUGGAAGAAAUAUAUGAACAUCAUCGAUAACAAACUUACGAAAUAUGAGUUCAUCCUAUUAUUAAGACCAAUACUCACUUUUGAAUUAAAGUUAGAAUUUAAA